AUGAAUCCGACAUUGAAAUGGGGGAAGCUCCCAAGCGCCCACUACAACCUCCUGUUCGAAGAGGUCGUUCAUCCAGAUACCGCGGAAUUCCCUCAUCGACACCCUACAGCACAACGUAGGCAUAGGGCUGGCCACCAAGGCCCAGCACACCAUGAACCGGGUUUCUGCAAUGGUGGUAAGGUCAGAAAGCGGGCUGACCGUGUCACGCAAGCCCAUCGGUUUCCCGAUGGCACAUCCUGGCAUAUCUCCCCAGAUGAGGUCCCUAUCAGUCUUGGCCGACUCGCCAUAAGUUCCGGUGGUAUCACAAGCCAGGAUCCAUUUGCUUCUUUGUCGUCAAAUGCCCGAAAGAUCGAACUGAGCAAGACGCAAAAUCUGAAACUGGAUUGCACCAGUAUGAGCUGA